AUGUCGACACCGCCGGCUGGCAAGCGGGCCUCUGUAUUGGUUACGGAUUCCCGAGAACGCGGACAACCACCUCGAGCUGCGAAUCAACGACCCAACCUUAACCCUGGAGCUCCGGGCCGCGCUCCUACUCGACUGAUAUCGGUCGAUAACGUAUUACAAUAUGCCUCUCAGAUCCCCUCUGGCCAGGCGCGUGGUCCGCCAGGACGUAGACCAGUCCUUCAGCAACAACGACGAACAAGCGGAGGAACUCCACGGAUAACCCAACAGAGCAUGCCCGGACGAAGUACAAAAGUCAGCGAGAAACUGGUCCUCAUUCCCGAAACUGUAAAUGAGAAGGAUGAAUCCGACGACGAUAUCUUUGAAAUCAGCUCCGCUAUUCGUGAGGAUGGACCACUGAGUAAUGCUGAAAUGGAUGUGCUUAAGAAAAGGGGAGGGAUUCGUGGAAAAAGUUAUGCAGAAAGAUUACCCAAGGCAAAACGGACGGAUAAGGUUGCAAGAGUCACUGCCUAUUGUACAGCUCAGGGCUACAAAGCAAAGGUCACAGCUACAUUUGUUAAAGAAAGGCAUGGUGCUAAGACCAAGCUUUACGAUGAUUGUCUAUACACCGUCUACCACCUACCACUUUUACCAGGAUCAGAAGGAUUCCGAAUAAGAAGCAGUCCCGUAUUAAAAAGUCCCGGUGGAAAGGCGGUGCUGGACGAAGAGAUUGAACGCAGUGAACAGCGGGACUACCAUGAAGGUUAUUUCGAAGACACAGAUACGUACGGCGUACGAGGCGGCGAGGAAAGCCCGCAGAACGAGAGUGAAGAAGAUAGGGAUCGUCGAGAAGAAGCCGCACGUCGGAGUCGUGAGCGAAUUCGUGUCCUUCAGCAAGGACGCCGAGGUGACAGCCCGAAUCGUAUAGCACCCGAUGCGACUACCUUUGCGGAAAUGUUCGUCUUCUCGUAUGGUGUGGUUGUAUUCUGGAAUUUCACUGAGAGACAAGAGAAGGAUAUCCUCGCGGAUCUGACGUUUUCAGAGCACCAGCUCGGCGUAUCUCUUGUCUCGAGGCCGUUGGAAGAAGAUGAUUUCGAAACAGAGGAACUCCAUUUCGAAUACUCACCUCUGGUUGAGCGCCCGCGUGUGUUUAACGACAUGAUAACCCUCAGAUCAGGAGAUCAUAUGAUCAAACUAGCUAUGUCCCACGCAAUAGCACAAAGCACCAAACUCUCGUUUUUCGAAGAGAAAAUGUCUCAAACGAUGUUGGAUGCCCAGCAUGUUCCGAAACAGUUAGCACUCACUGGUAAACUGGGAAUGUCAAGGAAGGAAAUCGUCAAGAUCUUAGGUCGACUCUUCAAAUCCCGCGUAGAUGUGAAUCUCUCAAGCAACAUCCUCGACGUCCCCAACUUCUUCUGGGACUCAGAACCCACACUCCACCCCCUCUACUUCGCCAUCCGCGAAUACCUCGAAAUCGGACCCCGUAUUAAAGUCCUGAACGAACGCUGUCGCGUCUUCCUCGACCUCGCUGAAAUCCUCUCAGACAGCGUCGCAGACACCAAGAUGAGCACCAUCACCUGGAUCAUCAUCAUACUAAUCGUCAUUUCCAUCGCCGUAACAGUCACUGAAGUAGGUUUGCGUUUCGCUAUAUUAGAGAAGGGUAAAAAUGAUCGAGGGAAUACCGGAGCCGGCGUGCAGUGGGCGGAGGGGAUGGAAUUGCAGGGACGUAAUUUUUCGAGCAAGGAUUUUGAUGGUGUGCAGUUGAGAGCGAUUUGUGGAGCUGGGAUCGUGCCAGAGAGGAAUGGGGAGUUCUAG